AUGCUUGGGCGCGAAAGACCAGAAUACAUCGCCAUGGUCAAACAUGCGCCAGACUCCUUGCCGCUCCUCGGCAACGCCAUCCAGUUCCUCAAACCCCGCCAUGUUCUCUUCGACUGGUUCGUGAAAUGCCAGCAGAAGUUUGGCCGGGAGACAUUCGAGAUUUCCGUUCCUUCGCUACCUCCUGGCGUCGUAAUCAACAGCCCUGAAGUUCUGGAGUAUGUACUCAAAAAUGAGGCAGCCAUCACCAAGGGCGAGUUCUUUCGAGACCGAUCUUGGGAUCUCUUUGGCUACGGCAUCAUCAAUGCAUCGGGCGAGUUGUGGCGCGCCCAACGGAAAGCCGGGUUGAAGUUUUUCAGUGGUACAAAUCUAGACAUCAUGAUCGAAGAGGUCCUUCCAGAGAUUUAUCACGAGUCCACAAGGGCCAGCCUUUCUCAAGCAGCCGAGGGUCGAUCUGUGGUCGAUCUGCAGAAGAUUUUCCAUGAUCUCACAACCACAGUGGUGGGACACAUGGCGUACGAUAUGGAAAUCGAUGCCACCUCUCCAUUCAGCAAAGCUUUCGACCACGCCUCCUCCCAAAUUGGCCUCCGCUUUCAAAACCCUCUCUACAGUAUCACCGAGUUCUUCACGGGUUCUUCCUUCCGCGCAUCUCUUCGCGAAGUAAAACGCUUUGGACGUCAAAUUGUGUCCGAAGCGCGGAAACGCCGUGCUCAAGAAGCGUUUGAGAGUCUCAUCACCAACACCGAUGAGGAGGAGACUGAGCUCAUGCAACAGCGUCAACAACCCGAAAACAACGAAGGUUCCGGGUUGGGAUUUGGAACGUUGAUUGAUUCACUGAUAGAAGCAUUGGGAAAUCCGAAAAUUGUCGCCGAUGCCGCCCUAAAUUUCCUGUCUGCCGGUCGAGAUACCACGGCUCAGAGCCUGACAUGGACGUUCUACGCAUUACUGAGGCACCCUGAGGCACUAAAACGGGUGAGAGAAGAAAUUGACCUGAAAUUCGACGUCAAGCCCUCGGAUAAGCAAUCUUUCAGCAGUUCUGCUAUGACGAAUUCUGAUAGCGACGAAGAAGAUGUUAACAUCAAUGUGUCUGACCUCCAACCUACCAAUCUCCCCUAUACUAUGGCGGUCUUCUACGAAUCCCUCCGCCUGUACCCUCCCGUCCCCUUUGAGAUAAAGCAAACAACCCAACCCGUCACACUCCCCGAUGGUACCUCCUUACCCGCAGGGGCCGUUGUGGUAUGGUGCAUCUGGGCGCUCAACCGCUCUUUUUCAACCUUCGGCGAGGAUGCCCAGUCAUUCCGCCCAGAGCGCUGGUUAGAGGUGCCCAGUCCUGCUUCACACGUGGAUUCCGAAACCGAUUCUGACACCCAUGUCAAUACCGCAGCCCACAAGCCGAGCCUCAGGUUCACCGGCUCCAAACACUCGGUCGGCGAGUUCCCCGUCUUCAAUGGCGGCCCACGCAGCUGCCUGGGCAAGAAGAUGGCCGAACUGAUGGGUGCGUGGACGCUGAUGCGGAUGCUGCGCGAGUGGGAAUUUGAGGAGGUCAACGACGGCUUGAACAUGGACUCGUCCUCGGGCGAGCGACGCAGCGCCAACUCCUUGACCCUCCCCAUGGAAGGCGGUCUGCCCGUACGGGUUACAAGACGAAGAAGGAGGGUGUGA